AUGUCCCUUCCUUCACUUCCAUUUCUCGCCAAAACCAAAGUGUCAUGGACUGGAGAGCAGGAUGAGGAUCUCGGGUUUCUUGAAAAUGAAAUCGUGAAGGUUUUCAACAUCGUCGACGAGCUGUGGUGGCAGGGAAGCUUGUCUCGUAAUGGUGCCGAGGGUAUCUUUCCUAGAGAGUUUGUAACGGUGAUCCCAUCUUCGAACACUGGCUCUGCUCAGCCGACUCCGACCAAGGCAAAGGCUGCGCUGGUGCCCAACCUCGUGACUCUGUCUUCGCUGAAGAACUUGGGUCGCCGGUCGAAUCCAGUGACCCCGUUGAAGGCGGACUAUCGGGGACAUGAGCGUUCUGGAACAUACGACUCCGCAGGAAGAAACAUCGUGACGCUGAGACUGUCGCCAGCAAUCGAUGAGUAUAAUCAGUCGUUCGAUGACACCUUCGAUCGCUCGUUUCAGAGAACGCUGCGUUCGAAGCAGAAGCAGCCAUACUUGUACUCACAGCAUGUCUUGGGCCUGGGCCUUUCCAAACUGCCCGGGUCUGAAGAUCACAUUCAUACACAAACCAAGAGGCUCAGUAAGCUAAUGUCUCCGGAAGCUUCGCCAAUCAGAACCCGCGCCGUCGAGAGCGCUCCUCCCAAGACCGCACGAGAUGCCGAUGAGUUCUACCAGACGAUUUCGCAAAAGAAACAGGAGCUCGAAAUGCAAUUGCACCACUUGCGCCAGCUAGAGAAAUCUCAUUUGCAACAGAAAAUCCCGACUCUGUGUGACUCCAGUUUCUUGAGCGAGGACAUCUUACUGUCUAGACACAACGGGCUCUCCAAGGACGGCUCCGGAAGAAGCAUGGAACAAACUGUGUACACCAUUAGCGACGAUGAAGACGGCCCUCCUCCUCCCCCAAAGCAUAAAGCAAUUCCCUUCGACGCUGACGAAUUCAGGGCUUCGGGUGCUACCCUCGAAGUAUUGAUGAAGAGCUAUUCUCAGUAUCCUGAGGAGCUCAAGAACUCCAUGAAAUCCUUGCAAAGCGACGUUCUCAACCUUUCCGAACUCAGCGCAACCAGUGCUGGCUCAUUCAUGCGUCACAAAUAUGAGAAGGAUUUACAAGCAUCUAGAGGCGAACCAGCAUACGGGAAUGAAAACUUGAUUCCCUCCGCAAACGACGAAGAUCAAGAAUUGAUCAAUUCCAUAUUCAAAAACAAGAAAAACCGCCAAUCAAAUCUUUUCAAGAAACUCAUUAAAAAGAAGCCUGAGCAAAAUGCCAUGGAGGCUCGUCUUGAGGGAGACUCCGACAAUUGGCAGAAGGUCAAGGCUGACUUGAACCGGACAAACACACUAAGCUCACUGGACAAGCAAAUCCGCACGAAAAGAGUUGUCCGAAACGAACCAAAUUUCAUUGUUAAACCUUUGGAAUACAUUUCCGAUAUCAAUACAAGCGAGACAUUUGGUGCUGAAGAAAUUGGUGAUUUCCGCAUCGAAACAAACAAUCGUAAAGUAGACGAAUUCCUGAGUCGCUAUGAUACUAGCACGGACUUGAAUGACUUGAUCUCCGACAUAAGCGUUAAAUUUGGUUCUUCCCGUCCAGAUCAAGUUAGAGCUGUCCUCUUACAUUUGUGCAAGUUCAAAAUAAUUGAGGAAGGCGAGUCUAUUCUGCGCUUGAAACCUAAGCUUCGUGAAGUUAUGACAAAGCGAGAAGCAACAGUGUACCAGCUUAAUUACCUCUUCAAGAAACUCCUCGAGGCAUUACACAUUCCUUCGGAAGUUGUUCUCGGUUUUUGGAAAAAGCCAAAUGAGUUCUAUCAUUCCGACCAGUUUCUGAUCAAUCACUGCUGGCUCUCAGUAAUGUUAGAGUCACCUGAAAAUCGUGGAAACGGAACAUUCCGCAUGAUUGAUCUCCUUUCUUUCCAAAGGGGUUUGAUCUGCAACAUCGAGGGACAAAACGAAUUCUAUUUCCUUGCCAAACCACUCAGCAUUGUGUCAUCUCAUAUACCAUCUGUGGUUGAAUUGCAACACGUUUUCCCACCUAUUGAUUUGAAUGUUGCAUUCCAUUUGCCGCGCAUGUACUCGAGCUUCCAGAAGAACAAUCUCGAAUUCAUCAAUUUCAACAAUGCACUCACGCGCAUGAAUGAUCUCGAAAUUUUCGAAGCCGAUAUUCUCGUUCCACCCACUGUGGAACUAUUCACAUUGAUCAAGGCAUCUACCACAACAUCUAAUGACUACACCUUGUGCCAAAUCUACUGGAAGAACUCGCAGAGAAUCGCCAAGGUCAAAGCUAUUUUGCCUGCCAAGGAGUCAAUUGGAGUCUUACAAAUCUUUGCAGGACCAAAGGGCUUACAGACACACUUUGACAAUAUUCAUGAGUUGGCUUGCGUGAUUCCACUCUACCAUAGCGGCCAGAGUAGAGAGUGUACAUUUGUGCCUAGGUAUCCUACCAUCCAAAGUCAAAACAACGAUCUUUACAUCAGACAUCCUCAGACGAGUACCAUUGCCAUAAAAAACUCCUACAAUUUCGAGAUUGAAGCCCAUCCAUCUAUGGGUUUGAGGAACCUUCCCUCCAACAUGAACUCUAACUUCAAGCUCGUAAUUGAGUCGCCCUCAGGCAAAUACACAAAGUUAAUUUCUGACAAUUCAAACCUCGGCCAUGAGACCUAUCACGCAAACAUUCUUUGUCAAGAGCCGGGAGUCUACAGAGGGCUUGUGAUUGGUGACAGCGGCAACAGUUGGUACGUCUUUGGUCAAUGGGAGUGCUGCAGUGCAUAA